AUGGCCUUCAUGGCCAGUAUGGCUGUCAUUGCUGAACGCCAACCACAAAACUCCACAGAACUCCUGGCGGCUGCCUCAGCUGCAUACCCGAAAUGUGCGGUAAGUUUGAACAAAUCUGCUUGAUCCUAUUUCUGACAAGACUUCAGCUCGUAUGCACAGCUGAGAUUCUUCCUACUUCCGAAUGUUCUUCUACAGAUGUCGAGUGUAUAUGUACCAAUACUGCACUCCAACACAAUGUAACAGCGUGUGCGCAAAAGACUUGUACCAUUCCUGAGCUUCUCAGUAAGUGAUAUUAACCGUGAUCUUUCACUGGUGCACGAUAACUGACUUUUUAUAGGCACAAAGAAUGUUACGGAUACUUUAUGCGGCGUCCCAGUGCGCGAUAGAACUUUGACAGGGGAACUUGUUGGUCUGAUUGGUGGUAGCUUAGCAGUGAUAUUUUACAUUCUCCGGUGUCUGACAACUGCAUUACGAUUUCGAGCAUGGGAGUCGGAGGAUUGGGCUUUACUUGCCACAGUGGUAAGGUCUAAUGCGUCUUCCUCUUUGUACAUCAUUAACCUUAAUUAGAUACUCAUGGUUCCUACUAUACCUAUCUCAGUUAUCUGUGAGUUUCAUCGACACAAGUUUCACCAUAAAGUGUGAAUAUAUGCUAAUCGGCUAAUCAGUGGCGGAUCUUGGCCUCGGAAAAGAUAUAUGGACAUUACCGCCUCAAAACAUAACAGAUAUCCUAAAGGUUCGUAGAGUCAAGUAAACAAUUUUUUCUCCAAUCUAACACUUUUCAGUUUUACUACGUUAGCGAAGUUAUGUACAACGCAGCAAUAUCAACAAUCAAGAUCUCUUUCUGUCUAAUGUACAUACGAAUAUUCCCCUUUAAGCCUUACGUGUAUUGGGUCUAUGGAACACUAGCACUUUGCAUCGGAUAUGGGAUUAGUUUUACUGUUGCAACUAUUUUCCAAUGUACGCCUGUUAAUUAUGCAUGGUAUCAAUGGGAUAAAUUACACGAAGGUUUCUGCAGCAACUUUCAUCUCCAGGUCUUGAUGAAUGCAGUAUUUAACGUCGCUUUGGAUAUAUUAAUCAUCGUAUUGCCGGUAUGGAAUGUAAGCCACUUGAUGAUGGGUUGGCAAAAGAAAGCUACGGUUAUUUGCAUGUUUUCUUUGGGAUUAUUGUAAGAUAUUCCCUUCUAAAUUUGUAGCACAAUGCUUAUUAGCGAUAGUGUCACGGCAGUCAGUAUCACACGCCUAGCAAACAUCGGGCAAUUCUCCAAUACUCAAAACAUCACCUGUAAGUAUCCCCUCAAAAAUCUUUGUCACAUCUACUAAUCCAAAUAAAGGGGACUACGUCCCAGUAGGAUAUUUCAGUCUAAUGGAACUAUACGUCGGUAUCAUCAUCGCAUGUAUCCCGGCACUACGACCUCUAGCACAUAAGAGUAUCGUAAUAUUCAAUUCUGUCACAGGCCGUUCUGGUAUAUCGAAUUCACAAGCCAGAUCGCUGUGGUCGAGUGAUGGAGAUAGAUUUCCGAAGAAAAGAAUUAUUAUGGAUAGGGAUGAGUCGAUUCUUAAUGAGACGAUGAUGACGGGGAUGGAUGUUGAUAAGAGUUUUGUUUGA